CACAAAAGCAAAACAAAGCAAGGAAAGGAAAGAGAAGAAAACGCAAUUGCGUCUCAAACCAGAGGAUAAAACCCAUUUGCAUCGCACCCCCAAAAGCGAAAAUGUCGGAGAUCAAGGCGUUGGAGCACGCCACCCUGAAAGUGCCAUACGAGAUGCUGAACAAGCGCUUCCGCUCGGCGCAGAAGAUCAUCGACCGCGAGGUGGACCAGGUGACCAACGUAUCGCGUCAGGUGGAGAAGGCCCUGGAGGCCGAGGAGGGUCCCAUUCUGGCCGAGGUGACCAAGCUGGUGGACAACGUGGCCCAGAAGCUGCAGGUCCUGAAGCGCAAGGCCGAGGAGAGCAUCAACGACGAGCUGAGCGUCACACAGAUCUGCAAGCGCAAGCUGGACCACCUGAAGGGCAUCACGCCGCCGAACAGCGUGACUGGCGACCUGUGGCAGGGAUCCGUGGACCAGUGGAAGCGCAUCCGACUGGACCGCCUGGUCAUCGAGCACCUGCUGCGCAUGGGCUACUACGAAACGGCCGAGGAGCUGGCCGCCAAGUCCGAUGUGCGCCAUCUGACCAACCUGGACAUCUUCCAGACGUCGCGCGAGGUGGAGGACGACCUGGCCAGCCACAGCACCACCAAGUGCGUGCUCUGGUGCAUCGACAAUAAGUCCAAGCUGCGCAAGAUCAACUCGACCAUUGAGUUCAGCCUGCGGGUGCAGGAGUUCAUCGAGCUGGUGCGCCAGAAUCAGCGCUUCGAAGCAGUGAAGCAUUCGCGCCGCUACUUCCCCGCCUACGAGAAGACGCAGCUCAACGAGAUCUGCCAUGUGAUGGCCCUGCUGGCCUAUCCGGCCGACGCCCAGGCCGACCACUACCGCAAGUACAUGGAUCCGCAGCGCUGGCAGAAGCUGGUGCUGGACUUUCGCCACGAGAACUACCGCCUGUUCCAGCUGUCCAGCACCUCAGUCUUCUCUGCGGCCGUGCAGGCCGGGCUGUCGGCCCUGAAGACGCCCCACUGCUACGCGCAGACCUGCCGCAACCUCAACUGCCCCGUCUGCCAGGAGGAUCUCAACCGCAUCGCCCUCAAGUUGCCAUACUCGCACUGCGUGCAGAGCCGCCUCAUCUGCCGGGUGACGGGACUGCCGCUGAACGAGCACAAUCAGCCGAUGAUGCUGCCCAACGGUCAGAUAUUUGGCCAGAUGGCCCUGCCGGACAUCACCAAAGACGACGGCACCGUGACCUGUCCGGUGACCAAUACCAAGUUCUCCAACCCCAAGGUCGAAAAGGUCUUUGUGAUGUAA